AUGGUCACGUGCCAAGGGUGUGGGGAGAGCACUUCCUCACGCCUGUGCUGCCCUAAGUGCACAGAGGCAGGCAGGACUUCCUUCUUUUGCUCUCAAGACUGCUUCAGUGCUGCGUGGGCUUCUCACAGCAAAUUGCAUGCAGUGCUGCAGCGGGGGGCCCCACGGCCUCAUUCUAUCUCCGAUGACCGCGGAGAUGAACGCAGCAGCAGCAGCAGCAGCAGCAGCAGCAGCGGUGGCGCUGGGGCAGUUGACAGACGCACCACUAAACACAUCACAGACGCGGGGACAGCAGCAGACAGCCCACGAACUCCACCGCAUAGCAGCAGCAGCAGCAGCAGCAGCAGAGGGUCAGGAGGCGAGCUGAAGGAGAGCCAGUUUACUGAAGCAGCAGCAGCAGGAACAGCAGCAGAAGGAGCAGCAGCAGCAGCUCUACCUGUCGUACCUUCCCGAGUCGCUCGGGGUCUUGUGCUUAUUCAAGCGCGGGGUGCGACACGCAGCAGCAACAGCAGCAACAGCAGCACAAGCAGCAGCAACAGCACGAACGGCAGCAGCAGCAGCAGCCCAUCGAAGACUGUGAGCAGCAGCUUCUUUUCCCGAUUUCUACCCAACAGCAGAAGGCCCUUGGAGAUCCCUCUGCAUGCAAAAGGAGACAAAGCAGCAGCAGCAAGAUAUGUCUCUGCUGCAGGUCGCUCAGGAGCAGCAGCAAAUCAUGGGGUAGCUCAUGCUGCUGUCUCUCCGCGCUUUAUUUUGCUGCUGCUGCUUCUCUUGGCUCUCUUCUGCUACUUAGCAUCAGCAGGUCUCCUCUUUAGCCCCACAGGGGGCUUUAAUCGAAGCCCUCCUCUGCUGCAGCAAGACAAUGUAGCAGCAGCAGCAGCAGCAGCAACAGCACCGGCGCUGCAGCCACUAAGGGAUGCGCUGGUAGAGGUGAGAGACAAGCUUGCAGCAGUAGAGAGGUUGGUGUCUGAGCACGACAUGUUGCUUGAAGUUAUAGCACCCCCUGUCUCUGCUGCUGCUGCUGCUGCUGCUGCUGCUGCUUCGCGCACCCAGAGGGCGUCAGGGUCCCUAGGAGACAGCGUAGCAACCCAUAAGACAGCGGGGCUUGCAGCUUCAGCGGGCGCCUCCGCUGCUGCAGCGGCGGCAGCAGCAGCAGCAGCAAGAGCGCAGCCUCUGCUUCUGUUGCUGGAGAAAGCCCGCAAAGAAGCAGAAGCAAUAGCAGCAGAAGGAGAAGCAGCAGCAGCAGAGACUCCCCCUGCUUCUCCGCAGCUUAUGCAGCGUUCGUUUGCUGCAGACGUGGGGACAGAGUCCUUGGGGUCUGCAGCCGCAGCAGCAGCAGCAGCAGAGCAGCACCAGCUGCUGCAGGAGACACCGGAAGAGACAUUGGAGCGGGAGAGGGAGGAGACGCUCUCCCCCCGCGCUGCUACAGCAGCAGCAGCGGAAGCAGCAGCAGCAGAAGCUGCAGCAGCAGCAGAAGCAGCAGCAGAAGAGAGGGAUUUGCUGCGUGAUGCAGCAGCAGAAGAGGAGACAACAGGCCUUGAGGGGUCUCCUCGACUGAGUGGUGGAGGGCGCAGCAAACGAAGCAAACGGUGGGAGAGCCCUUAG